AAAUGCAUCCUAAAUUGUCGUUCCCCUCUUAUCUCCACUCUCUCUCUCUCUCCUUCCUCGCUACUUUCCACCCACCAAAAUCGCCUGUGUUUUCACCGGAGCGGUCAGUUACUUCAUGGAAUGACGGAUUACGUACUGCCGCCGACCAUGAAUCUCUGGACAGACGAUAACGCUUCUGUCAUGGAAGCUUUCAUGAGCUCUGACCUAUCUGCUCUCUGGCCACCCCCACAAUCUUCUGCUUCAACCUCUACGCCCGCACCCGACGCGGCUAAAUCUCUCUCGCAGACGCAGCUCUCUUCCGUUUCGGUGUUCAACCAGGAGACCUUGCAGCAGCGGCUACAGGCGUUGAUUGAGGGUGCUCGCGAGAGCUGGACCUACGCCAUCUUCUGGCAGUCCUCUUACGAUUACUCCGGGGCCUCCGUCCUUGGCUGGGGCGAUGGCUACUACAAAGGCGAAGAGGAUAAGGCCAAAUCGAAAUCUAAGUCUUCCUCUACUCCUUCAUCACUUGCCGAACAGGAGCACCGUAAGAAAGUUCUCCGAGAGCUUAACUCUCUGAUUUCCGGUCCGGCUGCCACCUCUGAUGAUGCAGUCGAUGAGGAGGUUACCGACACCGAAUGGUUCUUUUUGGUGUCGAUGACUCAGAGCUUUGUUAACGGCAGCGGAUUGCCGGGUCAAGCUUUGUUCAAUUCGCAGCCGGUAUGGGUAGCUGGGUCGGAGCGUCUGGCAACGUCCGGAUGCGAGCGGGCCAGGCAGGGUCAGGUGUUUGGUCUGCAGACCAUGGUGUGCAUACCCUCGGCGAAUGGAGUAGUGGAGUUGGGCUCGACAGAGUUGAUUAUCCAGAGUUCGGAUCUAAUGAAUAAGGUCCGGGUUCUUUUCAAUUUCAGUGGCGUGGAUGCAGGACCUUGGUCCAUGAGUUCAAACCCAGAUCAGGGUGAGAACGAUCCUUCGUUGUGGAUCAGUGAGCCGGCGGGUGGGAUCGAAAUCAAAGACUCGUUGCACGGAGGCAACUCGAAUUCGUCUGGUCCAGGUAAUAGCAAUAACCACCAGCAGAUUUCUAAGAAUAUUCAGUUCGAGAAUCCAAGCUCAAGCAGUUUAACUGAGAAUCCUAGUGCUAUUCACACUCAAAAUCAUCAGCCGACGCAGCAAAUACAGACCCAGAAUUACAUUUCGCGAGAAUUGAAUUUCUCCCAAGGUGGGUACGUUGGAAAUGGGGAUUCGAAUAUGUUGAGACCGGAAUCGGGGGAGAUUUUGAACUUCGGUGAGAGCAAGAGGAGCUCUUCGAAUGCGAACGGGAACUUGUUUUCAGGUCAACCUUCGGUGGUGACGGAGGAGAACAAGAAGAAGAGAUCCCCCACGUCGAGAGGGAGCAACGAAGAAGGAAUGCUUUCGUUCACCUCGGGUGUGAUUUUACCUUCUUCUGGUGUGAGAUCGAGCGCCGGUGCUGGCGAUUCUGAUCAUUCAGAUCUCGAAGCCUCGGUUGUUAAAGAAGCAGACAGUGGAAGAGUUGUGGAGCCUGAGAAAAGACCGCGAAAACGAGGGAGAAAACCUGCGAAUGGCAGAGAAGAACCGCUGAAUCAUGUGGAAGCAGAGCGUCAAAGAAGAGAGAAGCUGAACCAGAGGUUCUACGCUUUACGCGCAGUGGUUCCUAACGUGUCCAAAAUGGACAAGGCGUCACUUCUUGGUGACGCCAUUUCCUACAUCAACGAGCUUAGAACAAAGCUACAAAGUGCAGAAUCCGAUAAGGAAGAUUUGCAGAAGCAAUUAGAGGCUAUAAAGAAAGAAUUCGGAAACAAAGAAUCCCGUCCGUGUCCACCACCAGGUGAUCAAGAGCUCAAGAUGUCGAACCAGGCGGGUACAAAAUCAAUCGAAAUAGACGUAGAUGUGAAAAUAAUAGGAUGGGAUGCCAUGAUACGAAUUCAGUGCAGUAAAAAGAACCAUCCGGCAGCAAGAUUGAUGGCGGCCCUGAAAGAGCUGGACUUGGAUGUGCAUCACGCGAGUGUAUCAGUAGUAAACGAUUUGAUGAUCCAGCAAGCAACAGUGAAGAUGGGUAGCCGGUUUUACACGCAGGAGCAGCUGAGGAUUGCAUUAACAUCAAAAGUUGGAGAAGCCUGAAAGAAGGUAAUUGAGAUGUUGAGGUAAGUUGUUAAUGGCAGAUGUAGGCUGUUUGGGACAUAAUUUUUAAGGCUCCCUGUGUAAAAUAGGCAAGUGUUUUUGUGUAUUAGCAAUAAUGUUAAUGAUCCAUAAUGAUAAUAAUAUAAUUAAAUUUGUGCAAUGGAGAUUUUGUAUGGGAUAAUUAGUGAAGAGCAGUAGGAUUUUUUAAGCUAAACAAGUAAAAAUAGCUCUUUUUUCUUUCUUCUUCUGUUAUUCAAUGUAUAUAUACUUGUUUAUCA